AUGGAGGAGGUUGGAUUCCAGGCAGUAGAGACAGACAGCAAGCUAUUUGAACAUUCUAAUGCCUCUGGGAAUUUGAUUUUUAAAUGCGAUACGAAUGAAAACACAAAAAAUACAGUCUCGGAUAGAGUUCCAGUUCCUGAAAUUACAGAUCAAAUAAACAUUAAAAUUGAGCCUGAAGAAGUGAAGGUUGAAAGCUGUCUUGACAACAGUGAAAAGUACUCUGUUUUGGAAAUAAUGGAGGAAUUCGUAAUCAAAGAUGAGUGUAAUGAUGAUGACAUGUUCUUAGGUACAACUACAGAAACAGUUUCCAAUAGUACGUUGAAACAGAAAACUAUGGUGAAGCAGCAGUCUGUAGCAUGUAAAAAAUUGAGCAAAAAUUUAGUUUAUUGUCAUAGUUGUAAUUAUUCUGCUAGAUCUAAGUAUAUUCUGGUUAGUCAUAUGAAAGAACAUAGAGACCUAAAGAAACAUAACAACGUACAAGGUUCUAGCUAUAAACAUAACACGUGUAUACACUGUAAUGCAAAGUACAGUUGCAAAAUGACUCUAGAUAAUCACGUCAUGAGAAAACAUUCUGAUCUUGUUGCGUCCGUUUCUAGUAAAACUCAUGAAUGUUCACAUUGCGCGUAUAAAACAACCAUUAAGAGUAGUUAUAGGAAACAUAUGCUAAAACAUUCAAAGACAGCAAAGACAGUAGAUAAGUCUAAAUCCGGCAUAUGCAUUCACUGUAAGGCAAAAUUCAAAGCAGCUGCAGAGUCUGCUGAAAGCUUCUCACCAGCCAAAUCUAACUCGCGUACACCAUGCCUGAAUUUAAAGUUCCUUAGCCAGCCGUUACUAGCCUUAAAAGAUGAAUAA